GUCUCUCGCUGCGAACAGCGCUGCUACUCAUCUCCUGGCAGCGAUCUCCGAUGUCCUCCACUUGCUCGGCAAGAUGGGCGCGCUGCAGGCGCAACGGGAGAUUCCCGCAGAGAUCUCCGCGGAGCAGUGCACAUCCCGCUCUACCCGACACCAGUCUGGUCGCUCCCGCGCGCCAUCGCACGGCCGGACCGGUUGGGUAGCUUUCGGGGCAGCACGUACGACCCGAACAUAACCGUGCCAGCGGGCUUACGAAACACACUAGAGCUCGUGGUAGCGCGCUGUUUCGGAGGCUGUUGGGCGCACUGUGUGUUCAUUCGGGUUGGCAGUCGUUUUUGGCGCUUUUGUUUUCGCACCACCUAACCCCUGUCCUGUCCGCACCUGUCCUUGCAAAGUGCCGUUUUGCUAUUUAGCCUCUCAGCAAAAUGUCACCCCAGGCGGGACGAUUUCUACUGCUGCUAGUGUGCGUCGUCUGCGGUGUGAUCGGUUCAUCUGACGCGUUGUUCCUACAGGAUGCGUGCGAAACACCGGACGGUAAGGGUGGCACCUGCGUGUACCUUCGAUCGUGCCUCUCGAUCCGCAACGUGCUGCUGAAGAAGGAGAACAUGACCCCGGAAGAUCGCAGCUUGGUGAUGAAAUCGAAAUGUGGCCAGGAGGGCCGCUCGGUGCUGGUGUGCUGCCCGCUCGUUCGCAAGCUGACCGGCCGGUUCGAUGCACCGGUUGAGCUGCCACCACCGGGUGAGUGUGGCAAGAUGCAAAUGGAUCGUAUCGUCGGUGGGGAAGUCACUUCGAUAGAUGGCUAUCCUUGGCUAACGAGAAUUCAGUACUACAAAGGCAGCAACCGGUAUGGAUUCCACUGUGGAGGAGUACUGAUCCACAACCAGUACGUCCUGACGGCGGCCCACUGUAUCGAGGGCGUUCCAUCAACCUGGAUCGUGUAUCAGGUGCGGCUCGGUGAGUUCGACACCACGACCACCAUCGACUGCGUGGAGGACGAUUGUGCCGAUCCAGUGCGCGAUGUGCUGAUCAAUGCGUACGUAGUGCAUCCGGACUACUACAAACAGAACGGAGCCGAUUACAACGACAUCGCGCUGCUGCAGCUGUCGGAAACGGUCGAGUUUACCGACUUUAUACGGCCGAUCUGUUUGCCGACCAGCGAGGAAAGCAGGGCGGCUAACCUGACCGGCAAGUACGCAACCGUGGCCGGCUGGGGCCAGACGGAAAACAGUACCUCUAGCACGAAGAAGCUCCAUCUGCGCGUGCCGGUGGUGGACAAUGAGGUGUGUGCCGAUGCGUUCAGCUCGAUACGGUUGGAAAUCAUUCCCACCCAGCUGUGUGCCGGCGGCGAGAAGGGUAAGGACUCGUGCCGCGGCGACUCCGGUGGACCGCUGAUGCGGUACGGCGAUGGUCGUUCGUCCUCCAAGCACUGGUACCUGAUCGGGUUGGUCAGCUUCGGGCUGGAGCAGUGCGGUAGCGACGGUGUGCCCGGGGUGUACACGCGCAUGAGCGAAUACAUGGACUGGGUGCUGGAUACGAUGGAGCCGGCGUUAGUUUCCGUUGUACACUCGACCGAUACGCAUCGACCAGUGUGCUGUGCUACCUGUGCUGUCCGACCGAUCGGUAAACGUAAGUGGUGGACGAUCCGCCGACCUGUCGAACCGGCUCGUGGCGAGAUGACAGCAGUACGUCGUCACCGUGGUGGUGGUGGUGGUGGUAGAUUCGGACGAGGGGUAGCAUUGGUGCCGAUAAUUACCGUCAUCAUGUGCGUGCUACAUUCCAGCGCCGCGCAGUUUCAGAACCCGUGCCGGACGCCCGAUUUGAAGAACGGACUCUGCGUUACGGUUGCCCAAUGUCCGCUGAUACAGCGACUGCUCAACCAGCCGCUGCUGACGUCGAACGUGGUCCGUUUCCUCGAGGCUAGUCGGUGUGGAGCGCAGGACCGGAAGGUGCUGGUGUGCUGUGCCGAGCCCGAGAACGUCCAGCCAGCUACCACGGCUGCUCCACUGCCCGUACAGACGCGUCCGCCCCCCAGUACACCGUUAGGCAAUAGGUUAUCGUACGAGACACAGCUGCGGCUGCUGCCCGACGAAUGUGGCGUGCAGUACACGGACCGUAUCAUCGGGGGCGAACGAGCCCAGCUCGAUGAGUAUCCGUGGACCGCUCUGAUCCAGCAUCGGCGGAAAAAUGGAGAGCUAAAGUUCCACUGUGGCGGUGCACUCAUUAGCGACCGGUACGUACUGACGGCGGCCCACUGCAUCGAGAACAUACAACGAUCCUGGACGCUAACGGCCGUACGGCUAGGUGAAUGGGACAUCGAUUCCGACCUGGACUGUGCCAACUCGUACGGGGAGCGUGUGUGUGCCGACCCGGUGCAGGACAUUGCGAUCGAGAAGUAUAUCGUGCAUCCCGGCUACUCCGUGCAGAAGCAAUCGGUAAAGAACGACAUCGCCCAGGUACGGCUCGCACGGCCGGCUGUGUUUAACGAUUACGUGCAGCCGAUCUGUCUACCGCUGGAGCCGGCGCAGCGGACCAUCUCCUACGAUGGCCAACGGUUCGUCGUGGCUGGCUGGGGUCAAACGGAGGACGCACCGAGAAGCCGCUACAAGCUGUACGUUGGUGUGUCGGGCGUGCCGGAACAAACCUGCCAGCAGCAGUAUCCACAGGCCGGCAUUGAUCGGACGCAGGUUUGCGCCGGCGGAACGGCGAAACAAGACUCCUGCCGGGGCGAUUCUGGCGGACCGCUGAUGUACGUGGGCCAGCGCAACUCGGAAGGCGUCAUGUAUCUCGGCGGGCUGGUCAGUUACGGCCGCCAGUGUGGGCUCGAGGGAGUGCCGGGCGUGUACACCCGAGUCAAUCAGUUCGUCGAUUGGAUCGUUGGUAAUCUAGAACCGUAAUUGCACCUGUCGCGUGUGUGAUUUAUUCAGUUAGCAAGUUAUCGCUACAUAAGCUUUACCAUUUAAGUGUGUACGUACGAUUAAAAAAAAGUAAUUAUCUAUUACAAUUAGUGUGAUGUGAGUUAAGCUCCAUCAGACGACGCUACUAGCUUGCGCUCGAUCCAAUCCACGUACUGCGCCACUCGCGUGUAAACGGAAACACCCUGAAAGUUGGCACAGCUCGACAGUGAGCUCAGCACACCGACCAGCUCGUGCACCGAGCGUCCGGCAGUGUCGAUCGUUCUCACUGCCGUCAAUCCACCGCCAGCAUCACCCAGCGGCUGCUCCUCCCCGACUGCGACACACACAAAUCCGUACGAGGUGCCCGCUACCGAUGGAACGUACCGCUCGCAAGCCUUCUGGCUGAGUGCAUCAUAGCUGGACAGUUGCUUGUACCGGCUGCUUGGAUCCGCUAAUGGUUUUGACAAAUAUACACACAAGUAUUGCCAUCA